CAUGCUGUAGGCAGGCCUCGAACAUCUCCUGACUCCUGACCCCCGACUCCUGACCUCGAUCUGACUCGCCUUCCCGCCCAGGACACGGCAGUUAAUUAAGCGCCUACUAUGUGCCAGAUGCUCCCACCCCCUUCCGCUAAAUAGACACAGAGAGACUCAGAAGACAAUUGAAAGUCCAAUGAAGAAAAAAAUGAGAGCAAAAGGCAUAGACAGAUGACUGACCAAGAAAGAGGCAGAGAGAAAUGGAGUACAAAGAAGAAAAAGCAAAAAGCUGUGAAAAUCAUUUGGCACUUCAAUGUGACGUUGCUAAAGAGGAAGAUGUUCAAAAGGCAUUUGAAGAGAUGGAGACAAAUUUAGGCCCUGUUAACUUUUUGGUAAAUGCGGCUGGCAUAAACAGGGAUGGCUUGUUACUAAGAACAAAAACUGAAGACAUGGUGUCCCAGCUUCACACUAACCUCCUGGGAUCCAUGCUGACAUGUAAAGCAGCUUUGAGGAAUAUGAUUCAACAACAAGGAGGCUCUAUUGUUAACAUAGGAAGUGUUGUCGGUUUAAAAGGAAAUUCUGGCCAAUGUGUUUACAGUGCUAGCAAAGGAGGAUUAGUUGGUUUCUCCCGUUCUCUUGCUAAAGAGGUAGCCAGAAAGAAAAUUCGAGUGAAUGUCAUUGCCCCAGGAUUUAUCCACACAGAUAUGACUAAAGGUAUGAAAGAAGAACAGUUAAUGAAGAAUAUUCCUCUUGGGAGAUUUGGAGAGCCUAGUGACGUGGCACAUGCUGUUAUUUUUCUUCUAGAAACUCCUUAUGUUACAGGACAUGUUCUCAUUGUAGAUGGCGGAUUACAACUUGUUAUGUAAAGUGGGCUUCUGUAUAUAAUAUGUAAUAAUAUUCUGUAAUAAUAGUGUUUUGAUUUAAGAUUAUAUUUAAUUUUGUUAACAACUACUGAAUCAUACUUGCAUGAAUGGCAACCAAACCUAUAAAAGAAGUUGUUAUUCCUUAUGUUUGAAGUUCGUUUGAUGGUGAUUAUAUGAUCAAUUAUGACUGAACAGAACAAUAUUUGACUAGUAGUCCUUCCAGACUGCAUGUGUGAAAUCAGUUCUUUAGUGAUCUUAUGUGCCAUUGAAUGUAUAAUAUGUAAAGAAUCAUUUUCCAAAGGAUAUCACCUUUACCAAGUGAUGGGGUUAUGCCCACUUGUUAUCUGUUUGUGCAUUCAAAUCAACAAGAGAGAACCUGUUCUCUUUUUUAA